UGAGAGAAAUCCACACUACGCCAAUCUGUUUGAGUUGUUUGCUGGCAAUCUGUUGAGAGUUGAGCCAUAAGAAAAGCCAAAGCCUUGGAGUGAUUUAGUUGAGUAAUUAAGUGUUUAAAAGAAAAACGAACUUAAGUAACAACGCAUUGAAAACACACACAAGACAAAAACACUUUGACAAUUUCUUUUUCAACAGGCGUUUUAUGCAUUUGAAUAAACACCACUCAACCCAAGAAAACUUUUGGUACUUAGCGUGUUCAUUCACUGGAGGAGGAAGAGCCCAAUAUGCAAGAAUCUGUCAUGGUAGCGUCGACUAGGUUUAGUAUCCCCGUAGAUGCAUAUAGACAGUUUUUCCCUCUUUUGUUUUUGGUUCUUUGAGUAAACAACAAGUAAGAAAAACUUGAAAUAAAUUCCGGAAAUAAGUAAAAACAAUUCACGAUAAUACUGAGUAAGUAAAUAAGUAAAAAGAUCUAGUAGAUCAUAGCUUCAACCUCCAGAGCAUACGCCACGGCAACUAGCUUAGCACGACGAUAGUACUAAUCGUUAUAGAUCCACUCGGAACAUUCGCUCACGUAGCUUAGCAUCUUGCAUUCUCAAACUUUCUAGCACACAGUUAUGAAAGGUCAUAACUGAUUGGAUCCCUAUGGUGUUUGGUUAACUCCUUGAGAUAUUUUUUCUCCGAUCCUCGGGCUGCGAUUGCAAAUCGGUGCCAAUUUGCAAUCUCACCCCGAAGGUCCAACAAAAUUUAACACUCACGCCACACUAUUUCUUGCGCUUGCUAGUAUUAUCUGACACGUAUAAGCUAAGUCUUAUCUUUUUAAGUAACGGGCCUCCUCCUAGUUAGGUUGUUACUUUGAUUUAAUUACCCUCGCAGCCGACAAACACACAGUGCGAAAAUGUGUGCUUUGCCAUCUCUCGCAGGAAGCUCGGCAAAAGCUUACAGUAAUUGCCCGAUUUGGCAGCCUUCGCAGUCAUGGAGAUCCUACGCCCGCAAUUUGAAUCUCUGGCAUCUUCAACACGAUAUCGCGACUACGAAAAUUGUGCCGCAUAUCUUGCUGCAUGGCAUCCAACCAAAUUACGCCAACAUCUGCGACGCCGUAUCGUUACAUGGGGCCGACUUUAUGACCCAUGACAAGGAUGCCGAAUACGUUUGCGACGACAAGAAGCUUCAGAACUUGAUCCGAACCAAAACGCAAAUUGAACGCUUGGAACAUGUCAUCACGGUCGAUUGCGGAAUGGCUGACGUACUUGCUGACGUUGCCGAAUAUUCUCAGCUACAACGCUUCGAAAAGGCCGGCGGUGAAUCGGAUGUGGACGCUACUGCACGUUUCAAAGUUUUGGUCAACACCGUGCGCGGAAAUGGUUACCUUCCGACUAAUGCCGAACUGUGCAACGCGUUGUAUACCGGAUUACGGCUCACGGGACUUAAAGCAGUGGCAUUCAAGGCUUCGUUCAACAUGCGCAAAAUUGGCGAAGCAAGUACCACCGAGACAGUUGAGAAGAUGCACAAUGUGA